UAUUCUUUAGCUUCUUGAAUGGCAUCAUGUUCUUCAUUCUGUGGAGCAAACCAAAUUUCAGGGAGAACUCCCGCUACAUCCUCUUUGCCCACAUGCUCUUCAAUGAUUCUGUUACUCUUAUUAGCAUUCUAGUGCUAUACUUAUUGGCCCUGGCAUAUAUCCACUUGGCUAGGGCUGUCUGUGCUAUUUUGAUACUGAUUACCGUCAUCAGCACCAACAACAGCUCACUGAACCUGGCAGUGAUUUCACUGGAGCGCUAUGUGGCCAUUUGCUUCCCUUUGCAUCACGCAGAGAUUGCCACCAAAAGGAGGACAAAGAUUGCCAUCGGAGUAACGUGGCUCAUUAGCUCAAUUAACUUCACGAUUGACAUGUUUUACAUGAUUGUGACUGAUCCCCUGUCUUUCACUACACCUAUAAUUUGUACACGGCAGCAGAUAUUCAUUGACAAAUGGCAGAUCGCCUUGGAACAGUGGUUAAGUAUUUUUUUCCUUGUGGUUGUGGCUGUGACAAUCAUCUACACUUACAUUGGUAUUACGCUAGCGGCUAAAUCUGCCCGCACAAACAAGGAUUCUGCCAAGAGAGCACGCAACACCGUGCUGCUCCACCUGAUUCAGCUGGGACUGUGUCUCACCUCUUUUGUCCAUGCAUCGGUUGAGGCGCUGAUUUCAGGGACCGACGCUUCCGUGUAUGUGCAUCUGCAAUUGUUCAUCUUUUUAACAUUUGUUAUUCUUCCUCGAUGUCUGAGUCCCCUCAUUUAUGGCCUGAGGGACAAUGCUAUCCGGCCACUGUUUCUCAGGUACUUCCAGUGCAACCACAGCACAGUCAAACCUGUUUUAAUAACACACUAGGAGGGUCAAUAGUUUUAAUUAUGUGAUUUUAUAACCAAUUUUUAAGCCACCAUCCAGAAAAAUGUCACGUUAUAUUCCUACAUUCUGUAAACCCAUUCCCUCAGACAUUUACUGGAAUAACAGGUAAAAUAUUACCAGAUAUUUGUGUAAAUAAUGGGGGAAGGAUAAAAUGAAUGUUAAAUGUAUGAUAAAUGUUUUAAAUUUCACAGAAGUCUUUCUAA